GGACGACUCACCCAAAUCCGACUCAGCUGAGUUCUGUCAAAAUAAUUCUAAACGAUGUUGUUUAAUAAUUUGGAAGUUUUUAUUUGAUAUUUAGAUCACGUUUAUUGUUUUAUAUUUCCGUUUAAAAACAACUAUAGAGUUGGUGAUUUUUUUAUUCACUACACGGUGAACUAUUAACAGAUCACUUAAUGAAAGAGAAGAAUACGUCAUUCUCGACAUAUGUCAUUGUCGCAUCGAUCGUUUUUUUGCUUUUCUUUCUCUUGUCAUUUUGAUUUUGUAUUGGCAUACACGUUUCGUGUCUCAAGACUUAAAAAAUGCGUUACGUGGCUGCUUACUUAUUGGCCGUUUUGGGCGGAAAAGCCUCUCCAAAUGCCGCUGAUCUUGAAAAAAUUCUUGGUUCAGUAGGAGUUGAAGCUGAGGGUGAAAAACUUAAAAAAGUCAUCGGCGAACUCAAUGGAAAGUCCGUUGAAGAACUUAUCACUAAAGGUCGUGAAAAAUUGAGUUCCAUGCCCGUUGGUGGAGGUGCACCUGCAGCUGCUGUUGCUUCAGCUGCCCCAGCUGCUGCCGCAGAGCAGAAGAAAGAAGCCAAGGUAGAAGAAAAGAAAGAUGAAUCAGAAUCAGAGGAUGAUGAUAUGGGCUUUGGUCUUUUCGACUAAAAAUAUCAUUAUUUUAUAAGAUUCAAACUGACUUUUGUAAUAUAUAUUUU